ACACACACACAGAGAGACAAACGUCCGGGCUGUGUGCGGCGCGCACGCUGCCCCAGAGGAGGAGAAGGAGGAACCAGAGAUCUUGGGUCGUUUAGUUAACAUCACGUCCCCACCGCCUCGAAAGCAAACACGCUCCUGAAGCUGCGGAGGAAGAGCAGAGAUCGAUGUGAGAGAGAGCGCAGAGAGCUGUCAGCUGUCAGCACCUGGACUCUCCCGACCCGAAGCUGCUGCUGCUGCUCCACACGAGCUGCGAGCACACAGGACCGCGCACUCUGUCACUGGUUUGCGGGACAGUGGUGAGGAAUCCUCGGAGUCUGUCCCGGGCAUGGACACACCGCUGCUCUGACUGAUCGGAUUUUUCUCUGUACACUCUUCAGUCUGAAUAAUGGAGAGUUGAAGGCUGGAGAGGAACCUGACUAACAGCAGUGUGACGGGAUAAAGAGGAUAAGGGCUUCUUAUUAUCUGUUUAAAACUCUUCAUAUCUGCUGCAGGAUCAACUGAGGAGGGACAGGUGUCAUGGCUGCCUAUGGACAGACUCAGUACAGCCCUGCCCUCCAGCCUGCAGGACCAUACACACCUUACACUCAUCACACACAGAGCUACAGCAUGCCGUCUUACAACAUUAAAACAGAGGAUGGCCUGAGUCACUCCCCAGGACAGACAGGACUACUGGGCUACUCAAACUUCAGCAGCACUCCCCCGAGUCAAAGCCUCUACAGCUACUCACACACACAUGGAGGUGGCAUUUCAUCUGGAAUUUUUCAAGGCACCCAUGCAAUCUCCAGUUCAACCCCCUUCAACCCGACCCAACAAGAGUUUUCAGCGUACUCAAGCUACAGUCAGAGUCAAUACUCUCCAUAUUAUAACUCACAUCACUACAACAGCCCCUACCUAACAGGCAGCAACAUCAGCCCUGCUGCCAUCACAGCUCCAUUAGCCUAUCAGCACCCAGAACACCCGGUCAUGCUGCCCAAUCACAGCCCAGAGUCACACACAGGAGAGUACCACCCACCACCCAGCCCCCCCACGCCAGGUAAAGAGGGGGGGGUCGCAGCCCGGAGGGGGUCAGAUGGGAAGUUGAGGGGGAGGAAAAGAGUGAGUGACCCUGCUCCACCUCUGGACUCUGAUAUAGAGCGAGUGUUUAUCUGGGACCUGGAUGAAACCAUCAUCAUUUUCCACUCGCUCCUCACGGGAACCUUCUCCUCACGAUUUGGCAAGGACUCUUCAAAGGCAGUGUCUCUUGGUUUGUGGAUGGAGGAGAUGAUCUUCAAUCUGGCCGACUCGAGACUCUUCUUCAACGACCUGGAGGAAUGUGACCAGGUUCAUAUUGAUGACGUGGCAUCAGACGACAAUGGACAGGACCUGAGCACUUACAACUUUGGGUCAGACGGCUUCCAGAGCCCAGCAGGGGCCGGCUCUCUGUGCCUGGGGUCAGGGGUCCACGGAGGGGUGGACUGGAUGAGGAAACUGGCUUUCCGAUACCGCAGAGUCAAGGAGAUCUACAACACAUACAAGAAUAAUGUUGGGGGUCUGCUGGGCAGCCCGAAGAGAGAGGAGUGGUUACAGCUGAGGAGAGAGAUGGAGGUCCUGACUGACCUGUGGCUGACUCAGGCUCUCAAAGCCCUGGCUCUCAUCAACUCCAGACCUAACUGUGUGAAUGUGUUGGUGACCACCACCCAGCUCAUCCCAGCCCUGUCCAAGGUGUUACUGUAUGGCCUGGGCUCAGCCUUCCCCAUAGAGAACAUAUACAGUGCCACCAAGACAGGCAAAGAGAGCUGCUUCGAGCGCGUCUCUCAGAGAUUCGGUCGGAGAGCAGUGUAUGUGGUGAUAGGCGAUGGAGCUGAAGAAGAGACCGUGGCCAAGAAGAAGAACAUGCCGUUCUGGAGGGUGUCCUGUCGGGCCGAUCUGGAGGCUCUGAGCCAUGCACUGGAGCUGGACUACCUCUAGAGGGCGCCAGCUGUCUCACUCUGCUCUUCCCACCCAGAGUAUGAAAUGUUCCUGAAUACCUGAGUGCAGCUGGAGGGUGAAGGUGCCCCCUAGAGACUGAUCCAGAGUCAGUGAGCAGCCAGGCAGACAGUUUACAGAGGAACUGUGAGGAUUUUGAAGUGAGGCCGUGGCAGAUCUGUGACACAUGAACAUGAAGCCAGAAGACCAAAAUAAAAAAUACCAAAGUAAAAUAAGGGACCAAAGCUUCAUAACUAACCCCAGGGAACUGCGGUCAAUACUGCAAAUACUUUUUUAAAACUUUUCCCUUGUUUUUCUUUUUCAUCUCAGCUUUGUGAAUGGUGACCCACUUAGAUAGACACAGAAGUGUUGCACUGAAUGCAAACUCCAUCCUGUUUGAUGAACACAGUGCGUGUCUGCAUGGAUGAAAAGACUGUUGGUUCUGCUGUGUCUUUUUUAUCUGUUGUGAGACUUAACUGUUUGUUUCUGGCCAACACUAUUUUAAAGACCAAUGUUGUGAUGUUAUGUGGGAUAGAUUUGACCUUCACUAUUAUUUUAGAAUUGUUUUUAUUCAUAUUUCACAUAGAUAAAUGUUGGAUAACAUUAUCCUUAUAGUUAGAGGCUAUUGAAAAUAGUCUGAGUUUUACCAUUAAAAUGUGAGAUAUUUAUUAUUGGUUCAACUCUACAACACAGUGAGGUUUGUGUAGUUUGGGAGCCUGGAAUUUAAAAAAAAAUCUAAAUCCCUUCAAAGACCAGAAAUGUGCUCCUGUAAAAAUGUUUUGAUAAGAAGUUGUCUUGAAGAUGCUGUACCACAGGCUCCAGUCCUUACUUUAGAUUCUGGGUUGUAUAUGUUUUCAUCUUUUCAUUCUCCUUCCGUCUGUCCCUGUAUAACUUCCUGAUAUCCUGUUUGUAAUAUAGAUAAACUGGUAUGGUUGUGCAUGUGCCGAUUACACUGCCUGUCAGCUUAGCUAUGAUUUGUAUAUAAUGCUUUAUUGUCGAUUUGUUUUGACAGAGUGAAAAUAGAUUAAUAAAGAUAAAUUAAUUGCAUUGUGGGUGAAAAGUGAGUUGGGUUUCAUUUCAUUUCACUGAAGCCUGAGGCAAAUGAAACAUGAGGGUUCACCUGACUAAUAAAUAAACAACUGAUGAAUGA